AUGACUCAGAAUCAAAGACGAUUUGCAAAACGAUUACCCAUCGCACCGAUUGAAAACAUUCAACCUGGCUAUGGACACUUGACAGAGAAGACUGUUUUAGCAUUCUUGUUUGCUUAUCGAAACUAUUUUAAUGAAUUCGACUGGUUUGUCAAAGCAGACGAUGACACCUAUUUAUUUGUUGAAUAUUUGAAAGAAUUUCUAAAACUACACGAUCCACUGGAACCUAUCACAUUUGGAUAUAACUUCAAAGUUCUUGUCGAUAAUGGAUAUCAUUCUGGUGGUGCAUCUUAUGUGUUAAGUCGUGAAGCACUACAACGUCUUUAUCGAGCACAUCAAAAUCCUAACAACAAAACUUGUCGAAGAGAUGGUGGAAUGGAAGAUAUCGAAAUCGCUAAAUGUCUACGAAAGCUGGGUGUCUAUCUCGGUCGGUCAACAGAUGAAGACGAUCGCGAUCUGUUUCAUCCAUUAGCAUUACCGGAGCAUUUUCUCGGUAUAUUUCCGAAAUGGUUGGAGACAUAUGCGGAAAAUCCAUUGAAAAAACAUUACAAUUGCUGUAGUGAUCGAAGCGUUUCAUUUCAUUAUAUGAAACCUGAAGAAAUCUAUUUGAUGGACUUUUUAUUCUGUGGUCUUAAUCCGUAA